UCUUGAUAUUUUGUGGCAGUAAUAUGUGCAAAUCAUUUUUUUAUUUUGAAGGCGCCGGCUAAAUAGAAAAUUUGCUAUUUUGCCGGUGCCGGUAAAAUAGCCACUGCCUUUUUUUUUUUUAAAGUGGAGAGAGUUGGUAAAAAUAGUGGGCCGAUUUGGUGUGGGGCGAUUUGUCCUACUUCCCAAAGAAGAAUCCGGAGAGUUCCGAACUUAUAUUGUUUCUAUCUAGACUGGUUCUCUGUCCUUUAUCUGGUCUGUGAUACCCGUAUGUUGCAAGGAAGAGGACCAGCCUAUGUUUCUAUCCUCCAUUAAUGAUUAGGCUUAUUUCCAAGUUACCAAAACGAAAGUACAAAAAAAUCAAAAAUUGGCAUAAACAUGUUACCAGAGAAGUUGGUUUAUUCAAGAAUGUGACUUUUUUGUGUAUAUAUUAAGAUUGACUGUUUAAAUAAGGAGAAGUGAAGAGUUGACUGUUUAUAUUACAAGAAGUGAAGAGUAGAUUUCAUAUGAAAGAAUGACUGAACCUACAGUAGAGAGACCACUGAAAUGGUCUAUAUCUCCUGAUUUACAGACACAAGUAGAAGACAUAUAGAAAAAAAUACCAAGAACUACAGAUUUUUGAAUAUUGAACAACAUGGUGUCAAAAGAGGAGGACAACUUUCUUCGUAUUGUGUAUCUACACUACAGAGUAGCCGCCGGAGCACUUACAAAUUUCUUUGAUAAGUUACAUCCAAGUUUAUCAGCUGAUUUGAAUUUAGCAGGAAACAAGGCGAUAUUGCAAGAUCUGUAUAUUCCCCCUCCUAGGAAGAAACGAGUUCUCUAUCGAGGACAAUGGGAUACUCUGUAUCCUCCUCCAGGACCAACAACAGUUACUUCAGCAGAUUUAGACUUGACAUUAAUCGUUUGUCUACUACGUAACAUACCUCCAUUGGUGACAGAACCUCCAACUGGAUUUGAUAAUUUACCUCCUCCUUAUGACAAAAGCGACGGAGCAAACAUUGCACGCUUGAAAUAUUAUAAAAACUUUCUUGUUUCACAUUCAAAGGAUGGUACAUUACCUAAUGCAGACUUUAUGAGAAUAUGGAGUGAAUUAGAACAGGCCAUUACGGGUCUUGACAAUUCACUUUCUACUGCUGCGAGUUUGAAAGAUGCAAAAACGAAGAUGCUGGAUAACUCGAUGGUACAAAUGUUGUCAACACAAAUGCAACUUGUCACGAAAGUUUCUAAUUUUGAAAAGGAGUUGAAACACAUUUCUUCACAUAUUGACAAAGAUGUACAAGAAAAGAAGCAACUAAAACAGAUAACAGAAACUCUUGAUGAAAAAAUGAAAAUUAAAGAAGAUAGUUUUGAAAUGGAAUUUAAAAAAUGUAAAGAAAACGUAGAUAGGUUAUCCGAACGACUGGAUACUAGUGAAGUACAAAUGUAUGAAAGAGUUGAAAGUAUUGAAAAAUAUUUAGAGGAAUUACAGAAAUUACAACAAUCUCUAGAUUUACAAUUCACUCGAAUCAAAACCAUUGCCAUAGAAAGUAAGAAAGAAAAAGAAGACUUUGUAAAGGAUGUGCAGUCAUUGUGCAGUCUUAUUCAAGUUGAUAUAAGCAAAUACGAAGAAAGAAUAGCAGCACUUGAGAACAGUUCUGGAACUCUUCAGGAAAUACAGAGAGACGUUGACAGCCUGAAAAGGAAAUUAGAUACCUUGAAAGAAGAAAUAAAAAAACAAGUUGAAGAUCAUAUUCCACCACAUUUUCAAGCUCACCAUGAACAAGAAAUAGGAGAAUGGGAGCAAGACCAAACUACCUUUUUGGAAACCAGAGCAACACGUCUCAUACUUGAGUCUCUACCCUCAAAUAACUGUAUUGUUGUGACAGGAAGCUCGGGCUGCGGUAAAUCUUCAAACAUACAUCAAGCUGCCUUACACUUACGUGACAGUUUUGGAUAUGAGAUAAUACCAGUGUUAACAGGACCAUCAGACAUUAUGAACUAUCAUAAUGAAAACAAAAAACAAGUGUUUGUUGUAGAUGACAUCUGUGGGAAGGAAACAAUAAACACACAAACAUUACAGACGUGGAGAGAUUAUUCAGAAAAAAUUGAGAAAAUAAUUAAAGUUGCAGACAAAGAUGUUGCAGGUAAAAAUGAUGAAACGGUUUUAGAAGUAUCAAGUCCAAAACUACUGCUGUCUUGUAGACUGCAUAUAUAUAAAGAAGCUCAGUUUCAACGUAUUUCAUUAUUCACAAAAAAAGAAUGCAAUUUAUUAUCACCUGAGUUAUGUCUGCUGGAAGCUGAAAGAAAGCAUAUGCUGCAUAAGUAUCUUCCGGAUGACAUAAUUGACAAUAUAAAACAAGUCAAGGAGAAUGUUGAUUACUUUCCCUUGCUUUGUAAAUUGUCAAAAGACAAAACAUCUGAGGAAGUGAAGAAACUGUUUGCAGCUCCUUUAAUCAGUAUUAAACAGAACAUAAACAACAUUAUUCAUGAAAACAAAAAACAAUUCUGUGCUCUUGUUUUGUGUAUCAUUUUUCAUGAUGGAUUUGAUACAGAUUGGCUCAAAUUAGGAUCAGUUUCAGAACAGAAGAACAUGAAAACGGACAAACUUGAGUACAUUGUUAAAGAAUUUGACAUAGACUUAAGCAAAGAGAUGCAUAGAAAUUCUUUAAAAGCUGGCUUUUCAACAUUAAAUGGCACCUACUUAAAACUGAGAGGAACAGAGUAUAGAAUGAUACAUGACAAAAUAUAUAAAAUGGCAGCUGUAAUCUGUGGACAACACCUUACAGAAUGUUUCAUCAAAUAUGCUCCCUCUGUUUUUAUUCGGGAUAAUUUCAUCUUUGAAUCUAUAACGGAAGUACAUGGAGAUUGUGAUUUAAUUGUAUUAUUUAAAGACCAAGAAGAAGAGUAUUUUGAACGACUGUUAUGUGACUUAAAAAAGCAUGUAAUUAUAAGUACAUUCAAUAAUUACCAGUUGAUUUAUGAGACAUUUAGACAUAAGUUUAUAAGCUUUUUAAAGGGGAAAAAUGAUGCAAACACAGUAUUAACAAAGCUUGAUAUAGAAGGUUGCGAAACAUUCAAAUAUGGUAAUUCAAAUUAUACAACACCUUUAUUAGAAUCAGCAACUACAGGAUACAUUGAUAUUGUUGAAUUUCUGAUUGUUAAUGUUAAAUGUGAUGUGAAUAAAACAGACAAAAGAGGCAAUUCUCCUUUACAUAAGGCAUCUGAAAGAGGACAUACAGCUGUAGCUAAACUAUUAUUAGAGAAUAAUGCUGAUGUAUCUCAAUGUAACAAUGAUAAAAAUUCACCAUUGUAUGUAGCCUGUAAAGGAGGAUAUAAAGAUACAGUAGAACUGUUACUUCAGAACAGUGCUGAUGUCAAUCAGUGUGGUAAGGAUGGAACACCUCCGUUGUAUAUGGCCUGUGCAUGUGGACAUAGAGAUACAGUAGAACUGUUACUUCAGAACAAUGCUGAUGUCAAUCAGUGUGGUAAGGAUGGAACACCUCCGUUGUAUAUGGCCUGUGCAAUGAGACAUAAAGAUACAGUAGAACUGUUACUUCAGAACAGUGCUGAUGUCAAUCAGUGUGGUAAGGAUGGAACACCUCCGUUGUAUAUGGCCUGUGCAUGGGGACAUAGAGAUACAGUAGAACUGUUACUUCAGAACAAUGCUGAUGUCAAUCAGUGUGGUAUGUAUGGAACAUCUCCGUUGUAUAAGGCCUGUGAAGAAGGACAUAAAGAUAUAGUAGAACUGUUACUGCAGAACAAUGCUGAUGUCAAUCAGUGUGAUGAGGAUGGAAUAUCUCCGUUGUAUGUGGCCUGUGAAGGAGGACAUAAAGAUACAGUAGAACUGUUACUUCAGAACAAUGCUGAUGUCAAUCAGUGUGAUCGGUAUGGAGAGUCGCCAUUGUAUGUGGCCUGUGAAGGAGGACAUAAAGAUACAGUAGAACUGUUACUUCAGAACAAUGCUGAUGUCAAUCAAUGUGGUAAGGAUGGAACACCUCCGUUGUAUAUGGCCUGUACAGGAGGACAUAAAGAUACAGUAGAACUGUUACUUCAGAACAAUGCUGAUGUCAAUCAGUGUAAUAAGUAUGGAAUAUCUCCGUUGUAUAAGGCCUGUACAGGAGGACAUAAAGAUAUAGUAGAACUGUUACUUCAGAACAAUGCUGAUGUCAAUCAGUGUAAUAAGGUUGGAAUAGCUCUGUUGUAUGAGGCCUGUGCAGGAGGACAUAAAGAUACAGUAGAACUGUUACUUCAGAACAAUGCUGAUGUCAAUCAGUGUGAUGAGGAUGGAAUAUCUCCAUUGUAUGUGGCCUGUGCAAUGAGACAUAAAGAUACAGUAGAACUGUUACUUCAGAACAAUGCUGAUGUCAAUCAGUGUAAUAAGGUUGGAAUAUCUCCGUUGUAUAAGGCCUGUGCAGGAGGACAUAAAGAUACAGUAGAACUGUUACUUCAGAACAAUGCUGAUGUCAAUCAAUGUGGUAAGGAUGGAACAUCUUCGUUGUAUGUGGCCUGUGCAGGAGGACUUAGAGAUACAGUAGAACUGUUACUUCAGAACAAUGCUGAUGUCAAUCAGUGUAAUAAGGUUGGAAUAUCUCCAUUGUAUAAGGCCUGUGCAGGAGGACAUAAAGAUACAGUAGAACUGUUACUUCAGAACAAUGCUGAUGUCAAUCAGUGUAAUGAGGUUGGAAUAUCUCCGUUGUAUAAGGCCUGUGCAGGAGGACAUAAAGAUACAGUAGAACUUUUACUUCAGAACAAUGCUGAUGUCAAUCAGUGUAAUGAGGAUGGAAUAUCUCCGUUGUGUAAGGCCUGUGCAGGUGGACGUAAAGAUACAGUAGAACUGUUACUUCAGAGAAAUGCAAAUGUCAAUCAGUGUGCCAUUAAUGGAGAGUCUCCAUUGUAUGUUGCCAGUAAAGUAGGAUACAGAGAUACAGUAAAACUGUUACUUCAGAACAAUGCUGAUGUCUCGAAGUGUAAUGAGAAUGGACAAUCUCCAUUGUUCGUGGCCUGUAAAGGAGGAUAUAAAGAUACAGUAGAACUGUUAUUGCAGAGAAAGGCUGAUGUCUCGCAGUGUAAUACAAAGGGAGAUUCUCCUCUACAUGCGGUUUGUUCAUUUGAUCCCAAUUUGGAAUAUUUUAUUACAAAUUAUUCAAAGAGAUGCAUUAAAACUGUAAAAGCAUUACUUACAUGGAAAGCAGAUGUCACAUUGCGUAAUAAGAAUGGUCAGACACCACUUGAUAGUGCCCGUGCAUCACAAUGUAAGGAACUGUUAAAUCUUUUGGAGGAAACUCUUCAACUAAAGAAUCUCAAUUAAAGUAAACAUUUUAUGAUUUUGAGUUUGAAUUUUACAACGAAGACAUAUUGUUACAUUAUAAUAAUUGUAUCACUAUAAAGGAAGUCAAUGUAUGCACAUAUAAUCCAGGUGUUACUUAAACCAGACAUUAUUUUUGAUAAGCUAUGUAGGUAACUUAAAGGAAUAUAUAACAGAAAUAACUAACAAGAUGUAUCGGAGAUUACAAUAUGUACAAUAAAUGCCUUGACAAUAUUAAAUAAUUUCUACAUUCUCUUAUGACAUCGAUUUUUUUUAAUUUUGCAAAUUAUAUAAUAACAUGACUCAAAUAAGUGAUAUAUAAAAGAGCAUUAUUAUUUCAACACAACUUGUAAAGUUUAUUUUGAACUUUGAACUUUAUUUUAUUGAUCACUACAUACUUUCAAUAAGAGGAAUACAAUAUUUACAUAAUACACAAACAAUACACAACAAUAGUGUGCAUGAUAAAGGUAAAUUAAUUCAUUAUUAUAUAAUUAUAUAAUCAAUUCACAAAGAAAUUAACUCAGGCCAUUAUUGCAUGGCGUGUAUUUAAUUGGUCAAUAUAUGUAUAGAGUUUAUGUUUAUUUUUUUAGUGUAUUUAUUUGAUUUAUAUAUGCACAGAACGUUAGUUUAUAUAUGGAGUGUGUGUAACUUGUCCGUGUAUGUAUGGAGCGUAUGCAAUUUGUUAGUAUAUGUAUUGAGUGUAUGCAAUGUGGCGAUGCAUGUAAGGAGUGCAUAUAUAUAGAAGGUCUAGAUUGGGGGGUCUGUCAUUUUGUAAACAUUUAAUUUUACCCUUUUUUCUCUAAUCUUCAAACAAUUUACCCCUUUUUUCUCUAAUCUUCAUUUUUUUUUUGCCCGUUAUUCUCUAAUCUUAUUCUUUAAUCAUUGAACCCCAUCCAAACCCUCUUUUUAGCCUGUUCAUGUGUUCAAUGCAUGUUAUUGGGCAGUGCAUGUAUGAAACAUAUGUUAUUUGACAGUUUAUGUAAUUGAUCAGUAUAUGUAUAAGUCUAUGUAAUUGGUAUGUGUUUGUAUGAAGUGUAUGUAUUUGGUAAGUAUAUGUAUGAAAUACAAUGUUAUUAUUUGGUUUAUUAUGAAGUUUACGUCAUUGGUCAUGGCAUGUUUAUUAUGUAUAUUUUCAACCUGUUAAUGCAUGGAGUGUAUUUAAUUAGUCAUUAUAUCCAUGUAGUGUGUGAAAUUGUAUUAUCGCAAUGGAAGGUAUGUGAUUGUUUGGUUUAUUUAUGGAGUUUAUGUCAUAGGUCAAUGUAUAUAUGGUAUAUGCAAUAGAAAACUAUCGAGCUCCAUGCAUCUCCGUCAAAAACUAUGGUUUAAAUGAACAUCAUUUGUGCAUUUAAGGGCAUCGUUACUUCUGUUCCCAUGUUAAGAGAGUUGUUGGAAAGCUUUGAUGCUAUUGUAUUGCAAGAAUUAUUGGCAAAUUGAAUUCUCAAAAUUGACAAUCAGCACUGCUGUGAUUAAGGAAUUGUGAUUAAAGUACAUACAGAACAAAAAUUAUAACUAUUUUAUCCUUCGCAGUGAUGAUCACUAAGACGCUUCCUGAACGUUUAAAGUGAAGAGAUACAGACGAUCCCCUCUAUUUAGUGAAUGACGUCAUAAAUGCGCGCGUUUUUUUCAAAUGAUGGACAAACUCGAAAGUGGUCUAUUGGUUAGUUUUCUGCAUUUAACUUGUCAUUAAUAGUAAAGAUUAUAUGGCAAUUGUCAGUAUAUUAAUGAAGUGCAUAUUGUUGGUCAGUAUUUACAGUAUAUGUAUGGAAAGUGUGCUAGCUAGCUUUAAACAAGGUUCAAUCCACCAUUUUCUACUUAAGAAAACGGCUGUACAAAGUAAGGUGUAUGACAGUUGUUAUCCAUUCGUUUAAUGCAUUAGAUGUUUUGAUUUUGCCAUUUGAUAAGGGACUUUCUGUUGUGAAUUUUUCUUAUUUUACUUUUAAUAACAAUUAUUUUGUUUGCAUAUUGUUUUCUUCUAAUCGACCUUCUGUAGGUUUAUUGUGAUAUACUAUCUUAUCCUGUUGUUUUUUAAUGCACGCUUACUGUUAUGGAAUACAUUAUGAUCUUUAAUAUGCACGCUUAUUUGAUUUUGUAACAAAAACUCAUAUCUUUGUAUUGUUAUAAACACUCAUAUAGAUGUAUUGUAAUAAAUGAUAUAUGUGCGUUGUAAUAUACACAUUAAUUAAAUUGUAUGAAAUACUACGACAUUGCCGUUUUUUUUUUGUGUGCAUUUGACGUAAAUCCUGUAAAAUAACACAUAGUCUGAAAUAAUUAUAUUUUGAGCAGUUUAUGUUUUUUUUAGGAACAGGUUCUACUGUAAUUGAAUUCUACAACUUGCUCUACGCAAUAAAAUUUUGUUUUAAUUCAACUUUAUGUUUAAGUAUAUAAGAAAUAACAUGAACAAAGGUAAUUGUCUUUAUUCGUAAAAUAAGAACCUCUUGCAUGUCUUAUUCUCGGUAUAUUUUACUUCCUUGUUUGACCAUGUAUUGUCUAGUAAAUAAUUCACAUUAUAAAAAGAACUACUAAUGUAAUUGUUUGUUUAGUAUGUAUGUAAAAAUCAGUUUUAUAAGCCAUGGUACUCUUCAUAAAUGUUUGCUUCCUAUUAAUACAAGUAUCAUGUAUUUAAUCAAUAUUUCUUUGAAUCAAUAUUCAUUUCAAUUUGACUUAAAUUAACGUGAUAUGUUGUUGAAUAUAGUCAUAAUGCCACACGUGCAGGAAGCUAUGGGAUGAAUUAUGCAACUGGCAACACCUAAACAUACGAAAUCCUCCAUAUCUGCCAUGACGGUGAGAAAAUAAUAACUUGUUAACUACAAUCAUCUAAAUGAUGGUUUAACAGCAGAGAACGGCACAGACAUAUGAAGAGGUGUUAAACAGCUUUCCUGCCAAACAACAAAUACACCUUAGGACAUUAAUUAUGUUGUUAAUAUUAAGUAAUAAUAUAUUCACUCAGCGGAUGACGAUUGUAACUUUAUUUAGUUAAUGUUAACCUCAAUAAUUUUUACUAAUAUAUUGUGUUAAAUUUAUUGAUGACCAUAUUAUGGAAUUUACUUUUUGUUUUAAAAUUAUUGAUAUCAAUAGUUUUCUGAUAAUUUUUUUGAUUCAUAGUGCUCAGUUUUUUUAUUUUGUUUGUUGUUUUUUCAUAUGUUUUUGUUUAUAUCCUCAAUAACACAAAUAACAAACCACUUCUUUUAAUGUUUUAUACAUGUUAUUGUUUUCAGAUUUCCGCUUUUGCUAGAAAAAUUAUAAAAACUUUAGAAUUAUUUACGAUUACCUUCAAAUUAAUGCACGUUUCGAACAUACUUUUUUAGUUUCACUAGCGACAAUUGGGGUUUCAUAAAAAAACAAGAGCGAUGAGUCAUAAGAUCGACAUUUAUAAAAGCUAAAUUUGAAAAAAAAUCGUAUUCGAUUAAGAAACUAAACAUGUUGUUCUGUUUUCUCAGGGGAAAAGAUGAAAUUAAAAUAAAAGUUUAAUGAGUAUUUUUAUUAUAAAGUCAAAUAUUAAUGGACGAUUACUAUAAGACUUCUGUAUUACCGACUAAGAUGCUUUGUAUAGUUUCUGCCGUGUAGAAAUCCUGUUAAGAGCAGUGCGUGGCAUUUUAGCGGACGUUUUUAAUUGUUUGUGUUUUUGGUUGUGUUUUCUGUAUUUGCAUUGAUAGUUGUUUUAUAUCCAUACAAUGUUCUAUUACAUCUGUAAAAUAUGGUUAGUUAAAUACAACUGUAUUCUCCGACAAAGAUUUUAUAUAAAUGUAUAUUACUUUUUCUUUUUUGUUAUUUUUCUUAAAAUAUAAGUAUGUACCAUAGCUGUUUGUUUAGUCAGUUCACUAAAACAUGUCUUGCAUUUACUGCUAGAAAAAAACCACUAUGUUUAAAUGUCACGUACAAUCUACACCUCAACUAAGAGAAAGACAGAGAUUGUUUUCCUGGUCUGCUAAUCCAUACAUCAGCCAAGUAUUCUAUCUCUGUUUGAUUCACAAUGUUGUUUUUUUCAUGUUUUUGGUCAGUUUAUUUUCGAUCUUUGAGUUUGACUGUCCCUCUUGUAUCUUUCGCCCCUCUUUUCUAAUAUUUUUAAAUACACACAAUUACAUGUGGGUUGUUAAAUUUUAAAUAAAUUAUGUAACUGUUCUUUUUUAAUCUCAUUUAUUGGUAAAUUUAAAGUUUCUUAUAUAUCUGUUUCUUUUUGGAAUCCAAUUAUUGUUUAUUAUGAAUUAUAUCACAUACUGAUGAUAAAAUUAGUCGUAAAAGUUGUGGAUAUGCCCAUGGUUGAAAACCAAAUUAUAUCAGUACUUAUAUUCGUGUUUAAUAAAUAACAUCCCCCUGAUUUAUAUGUGUAGAUCCGUCAUUUUUUGAAAUUCAUACUAACACAGAUUAUGAAAUAGAAAAUUGAAUAAAUACAUUUAAGUACACUUGAA